AUGGGAAGUGCGGCCUCCUUGCCACCUCAGGCCACCCAAGUCAGCUUCUCCAAGGCGGACUUUGAGGAGCUGCUUCAUGUGGUGGACACUUCCCAGAAGAACGUGAAGGAGGCCUUGGGGAAAGCAGGCAUUGCCUUGGGUGAGGCGCCUAAGCAGCAACCUGCCCCCAGUGCGGCCUCCAUAGGCCUUGAGCAAGAAGCCUGGAGGUCUGGGAAGCUUUCCGUGACGGUGCUCGGGGCUACGGGGGACCUAGCCAAGAAAGAGACCUUCCCUGCUCUGCUGGACUUGUUCGCACAUGACUACCUGCAGCAUGAGGCCGUCAUCGUGGGCUUUGCGCGCAAGAGCAUGACCACGGAAGACUUCCGGGCGUACUUGUCUGAGGCCCUGGCCAAGUCGCACGUUUGCCAAGACAUGCCAGAGGUUCGAGACAGUAUCCCAGCCUUCCUGAAGAAGGUGCACUAUUGUGCCGGAGCCUACGAUUCCGUUGAGGCAAUGACAGAGCUCGACAAGCUGCUGACCGUGGAGGAGGAGAGGUUUCACCUCGACGACAACGACGCCCCAAAGAAGCAGUCCUUCAGAAUCUUCUACUUCGCCAUUCCCCCCUUUGUAUUUCAAGGAGCCGCCAAGGCCAUCAAGGAGGUCGCCAUGGCGAAGGAUGGGUCCACACGGCUCAUCAUUGAGAAGCCUUUUGGACAUGACCUCACAUCCGCGCAGGAGUUGCAGGAAGGCCUAUCUGCCCUUUUCAAAGAGGAGGAGAUUUACCGCAUGGAUCAUUUUUUGGGAUAUGAGAUUUGCCAGAACAUCCUCUCCGUGCGCUUUGGGAACCAGUUCUUGGAGCCUUUAAUGAACAACAAGCACGUGGCUGCAGUCAGGGUGACAUUGAAAGAGGACUUUGGAACGGAAGGGCGUGGAGGCUACUUCACGAAGUACGGCAUCAUUCGAGAUGUCAUCCAGAAUCACUUGCUGCAGAUGCUGUGCUUGGUGGCUAUGGAAAGGCCAGGUGAUAUGGACUGGGAGGCUGACGUCCGAGAUCGGAAGGUGGAACUCCUCAAAGCCAUGGAGCCUUUCGAUCCCUCCUCGGUGGUCCUUGGGCAAUACGUGGGCGCGAAAGGAAAGCCGGGCUACCUCGAGGACGACUCGAUCACAGAAGCAGAUCGCGACAUGGCGAAGAAGUGCCCCACGUUCUGCCAGAUGGUUGUCCGCAUCAACAACGAGCGCUGGCAAGGCGUGAACUUCAUCGUCCGGGCCGGAAAAGCCAUCGAUGAGUGUAAGUGCGAGAUCCGGGUGCAGUUCAAGGAAGCGGAGGGCUGUGGCAAGCUCUUCGGAGAGCAAUACCCCGCCAGAAACGAGUUGGUUCUUCGCGUCUCUCCUGGAGAAGCAAUUUACAUGAAGAUGUCGGUAAAGUCUCCUGGCCUUUCCAAGCAGCUGAUGCAAAGUGAAAUGGAUCUCUCGUACUCGGUUCGAUAUCCUGGCAUCUAUUGCCCCUCCGCUUACACUCGCCUGAUUCUCGCUGGCAUUCGCGGACAGUCCGAGAGCUUUGUUCGAGAUGACGAGCUCAUGCGCUCUUGGGAACUCUUCACUCCCUUUCUGGAGAAGAUCGCGGACUGGCAGCCGAAGCCGUACCCAUAUGGCAGCCGCGGACCUGCAGUUGCAGAUGAGGCGCUCGAGCUCUACGGAUAUCAGAAGCCGGAGGGAUACUGCUGGCGCCCACCGCAUCAACCACCAGCGCUGACGCGGCUGAUGACCAGAUGA